AAAUGGGAUUUUCCAAGAUCGAAAGAUUGAAGAUGGAAUAUCGCGAUUCUAUUUAAAAUUGGGAUCGGAAGAGAUGAUCGAGGGUAUAAGGAAAACGAAGAUUUGGAUUUGGCGACAACUAAGGAGUACGAGGAUUUUAAUUUUGAUUUCGAUCACCAUCAAGAUGAAAUCGAAUCAAGAUGAAGAGUCAGCUAUUGGGUAAUGUGGGAGAGGGGAAGAAUGGAGAAGGAACAUGAAUCCAGAGGAACAGGAGAUGGCUCUCAUCUCGAACCUCCCGAAGAUAUGGAAAUUGGAAGAGAGGGUCGUUGGCUCGGAUCUGGGUUUUGGGAAGUUCCAGUUUGACUUCGACAAGGUGGAGGAUUUGGAAGGAAUUCUUAAGCUUCAACCUUUCCAUUUCGAUUACUGGAUGUUGUCUUUGGCGCGUUGGCAACCUAAGAAGUCAAUACUCUUCCCGUCAGAGAUAACUUUCUGGGUUCGAAUCAUAGGAGUUCCGGGAGAAUUCAAAACAGUACCCACUUUCGAGAGUAUUGGGGAUGCCUUAGGAAGGACGGUGGCAGUAGACUUGGAUCACUCGCGUGUGCAAGUGGUGGUUGAUGCUUUUAAGGAGCUUUGUUUCGAAACAACGGCUGACUUCACGGGUGGGGAGUUCUAUGAUGGUGAGGAAGCCCCGGUUUCGCUGCGGUACGAGAAGCUAUUUGGCUAUUGUCAGGUUUGUGGUUGUUUGUGCCACAAAGAUGAACUCUGCCCCUUACACUAAUAAGAAUCCAGAAAAGAAACAUGAAGGAAGAGAAGGGAAUGGUGCUUGGUAUGAUGGUGGGAAGUACGAUGAUCGCGCAAGAAGUUAUAAAGGUGUAGUUAUCAAUGGAAAUCAGGUUCAACAGAAUAAAGAAUGAGAGAGCCGGGAGUAUUAUAGCAAGGGCAAGGGUAAGAUGGGGGAGGAAGCAGACUCUAAAUGGACGAAGGUGGCAGAGAGAGGAAGUAAGAGAGCCUACACUAAUAGUGGAACUCAUAGAGGUGAUGGGGAAGCUUUGCGGUACAGAACUGCGAGGAAAGAGGACUUUAGGUCUGGCGCCUCAAGUGGACAAACUCGACCAUCUACAGGGCAGAAUAGGGAGCAACAGCCUCAGCAUGGUGCUCAUGAGGAAGCUCGCGAGGAGGGUGAGAUCAGAUCCGUAGAAGAGUGUCGCAACACGCUACCUUCCCAAGCGUUUCAAGUUGAGCUGGCUAAAACUCAGGCUGAGGGAACGAAAGUCAUUUUGGAUCCUAUUGAUGUUGACCAAGGUCUGGCUGUGGUACAUGAUAUGCAGGAGGAUCAGGUUGGUUUAGAGCAGGAGGAUCAGGUUCAUUUAGAGGAGGAGGAUGUUAUGGAUAUGGAUGAGAUUAAGACUCAUUUACUUGAGAAUGGGAUAGAUAUGGAUGCAAAGGAUUUCAUGGAGAAGUUAUCAUAGGAGGAAAUUGAGGAGGAGGGCAAGGAACAGGAAGAUGAGAGUAACGCUCAAGACACAGAUGAAGUGGUAGUUGUGGAUGAUGUGCAAGGCAAGCUUGGAGGAGAUGCAGUGAAGAAGCAUGGCUUGCGCAAGAGGUUGUUCAAGUCUUCAAGCAGCACUAUGGGAAGCACAAAAAUGAGAGUGUUUAAUGCGCUUGCGUCCCCACGAAAGCGAGCUGCAGCAAAGCCAGGAGCACGACAGGGAGAUACCGGUAAGCAUGUGGAGAGUAAGGGUGUUUCCAACCCGAAAAUUGGGAA